AAUCAGCUUAUAAUAUGGCAGAAAAUCUCCUCCCAUCCAAUAGAGAAAGAGUCAUUUAUCCGGAUUAACCGAGACAGCAGCAUGUGGAAGAGAGACAGCGAGAGAGACAGACCGGGCUAAAGAAAGAGCGAGAGAGAGGGAGAGAGUGUGCAGGGGAAAGUGACAGAGCGAGAUCGCAGGGUGGAAGGAGGGGAGGGAUCUACAAUAAGGAGUGAGGGGGAGACAAAGAGAGAAGAGGCAGAGGGAGGGCAGAGAAAGGUAGAAGACAGAGGGAUGCAAUGACACAAGCAGAGGAGGGGAGACAGCAGGUAGUCUCAGGGAAAGAAUGGGGGUCUGGGGGAGGAAAGGUGAGAGAAGGAGAUGGCAGAGAGGAUGAGAUAACCUGGAAAUGAUGCUGAUCACUGGCAGAGAAGCAUCUCAUCUGGACCAGCAGCUUUUUCAGCACUGGACAGCAACCUGGCUGAGGGAGCUGGGUAGGGGGGAGCUGUAAGCAGCAGAAGAAGCAAAUUUAGACGGGGGUCAAGAAGAGGGGGCGCUUCUUCUUUAACUCAUUAAACAGGUGCUUGUUAGGGGUUGGCUUCUUGCCCGACAGACCAUUGUCAUUUAUUCUCAUUCUAGAGUUAUUGAUCUUAGCCGUCGGGGCAUCGAUGUGGAAGGGGCGUGUGUUUCCCAUGUAGGAGGAUUUACCAGCCAUCUCCUGGAAUAGGUGACCAGUAUGAAGGAAAUGCUACUACCUGCCCCAUAUAAAAGAUUUGGGGUGAGCUGAGGACAAGACUUUAGGCAUCAAAGAAAAGAGGGGAGUUAUGGCUCUCCCCAUCUCCUACUGAGGAUGUUUUCCAGGAGUGAUCGGUAAAAUAAGAAGGUGGAAAUUCGUAGUAAGGAAAGGUGGUUGGAGAGGGGGGCCAGCUCGUUCCUCCCCGGUGUCCGAGCUGAGCACGGCGGGGCAAGAGGCAGACGUGAUGGGCGAGUGGACCAUACUGGAGCGCCUGCUGGAGGCUGCAGUACAGCAGCACUCCACCAUGAUAGGGAGGAUUCUGCUGACUGUAGUGGUUAUUUUCCGCAUAUUGAUUGUGGCUAUCGUUGGUGAGACGGUCUAUGAAGACGAGCAGACAAUGUUCAUGUGCAACACUCUUCAGCCUGGCUGUAACCAAGCCUGCUAUGACCGCGCUUUCCCAAUCUCCCACAUCCGGUACUGGGUCUUCCAGAUAAUCCUUGUGUGCACACCCAGCCUCUGCUUUAUUACAUACUCUGUCCACCAGUCUGCAAAGCAGAGAGACCGGAGAUAUUCCUUUCUCUACCCCUUACUAGAGAAGGAACUGCCACGAGAAAACAGGAGAAUGAAAAAUAUUAAUGGGAUCUUAAUGCAGAACCCAGACUUGUCCUCCAAAGAUGAACCAGAUUGCCUAGAAGUGAAAGAAAUCCCAAAUACACCCAAGAAAGCAGCGAAAAGCCCCAAGGUGAAACGUCAAGAGGGAAUUUCCCGCUUCUACAUCAUUCAGGUCUUCUUUAGGAAUGCUUUAGAGAUUGGCUUCCUCGCAGGACAAUACUUCCUUUAUGGCUUCACUGUGCCACCCAUCUUUGAGUGUGACCGCUACCCUUGUGUCAAGGAAGUAGAAUGCUAUGUGUCUCGGCCAACUGAGAAGACGGUCUUCCUGGUCUUCAUGUUUGCUGUCAGUGGCAUCUGUGUGCUUCUUAACUUAGCCGAGCUAAACCACCUUGGGUGGCGAAAGAUUAAGACGGCCAUGAGGGGAGUACAGGCUCGCAGGAAGUCAGUGUGUGAGGUGCGUAAAAAGGAGCCAUCCACCCUGGCUCAAGUGCCAACUUUGGGGAGGACACAGUCCAGUGAGUCAGCUUAUGUUUGACCCCAUGUGUGGUCAUGCCAAUGGUUUAGAGAUCGUCUCUAUACUAUAGAGAAUGUAAUUGGAACACUAUUAUGGCAGAGAAUGGUGCCAGUCUUCCAACCACCAGUGGAGACCCUCAAAACUAUGUUAGCAGCCUGUCAAUAAUUUUGGCUGCUGGCUUUUAUGGGAAGCAAAGUUUCAAUUUAGUGGGGGAGGAUGGGGUGGGACAUGUGUAAAGGGUGGGAGAUGAAAAUAUGGACAAUUGCUUUUUUACUACAACUUUGGGCCUGUAAAUUCAAGAGUUUUGCUCAGUAUUAUUAUAUUCUGCAACUUAUCUCGUUUUUAUAAUGUCAGCCACUGACAGACUGAUGAUGUUGAAGAGUAGUAUACAUGUAUCCUCCAGGGUGUGUAUAAAUAUAGAAAAUCUGCACUAACUAAUAAGAAGCCAUAACGACAGGCAGGGAGGACAAAUAAAUACGACAAAUAGGGGUUCUUUAAGAGAGGAGCUUGAAAACCUCUCACGACUGUUAUAUACCUCUCACCUCCCACUCAAUGCGAACUCCCUCCAACAAAAUCCUCAUUCACACCUCACCUGCUCCCGAAACAGAAUUGCCAAUUACAAAACCUGCUAAGGAGCCAGGAAUUUCUUUUUCUGUUCUAUUUUUUUCUGUAACACAUAUCAUGAAUUAAGAAGGGCAGAAGAACACCCAGCAGGUAUGGUGAGAGAACACUGGAGCAAAAAGGGUCAAGGAAACAUUCUGACAUUGAUAGAGCAAGGAAAAAACCUUACACGUAUUAUAGAAGAAACAGCAAAGAUCCUAAUUCAUGGACAGGGAAUAAGGAAUAGCUAAGAAGAUAUUAGAAAAAUAAAAAAACAAAGCCAAGGAGACAAACAGAGGGAACAUUGUAUUACUACACCCAAUAGGCAUAUAAAGUAAACAUUACAAUAUUCCACAUAAAGGUUUCAAUGCUUUAAUUUAAUAAGGAACACAUGGUUGUCACAAGCUGAACAACUGGCUGUUUACGUGACCAGAUGUGAUGGGGAGAUGACGAUAUCAGGUAGGGGUUAAAAUGAACCCUUCUGGGUACCAACCAUCUUAGACCAAUUGUGGUACUGCUGCCUUUUUAUAUGACAGAAGAGCCACUGGGCCACUUUCAGCCCCUGGCCUGUGUAACCAUGACCUCUGCACCCGGUAUCAUUACACCCCUGAAAUGGAAUGUGUAUCCCUAAGGCUCCAAUCUACAAACUGCCUCUAAUGCUAAGAAACUCCACAAAUUGGCAUAUUACACCCCAUGUUUACUCAAUCUACAGUAGGGGUAUUCCAGGCCAAAACUUUUUUUUAUAUAUCAACUGGCUCCGGAAAGUUAAACAGAUUUGUAAAUUACU